AUGUGCGGUAAAAAGAGUGGACUGGUGGGCAUGGUUCGGGAGAAGAUGCGGGAAGAGAACUGUGCAGAGGAGUGUGGUUCGGAAUACGCAGACGUGCCGUAUCACACAGAGGUGAGAUGGCUAAGCAGAGGAAAAGUACUGAACAGAUGUUUCGAGCUGCGUGAGGAAAUAUGUCAAUUCCUGGAAACCAAAGGGAAGGAUACAGCAGAGCUCCGGGAGCAAAAGUUUCUGUGUGAGCUGGCCUUUCUCUGUGACAUCUCGAGCCAUCUCGAUGCGCUGAACCUGCAGCUUCAGGGGCGAGGGCGCAUCAUCACAGACAUGUACGCUGCAGUGAGGGCCUUUAAAACUAAACUGUGCCUGUGGGAGAAUCAGAUGCUGCAAGGAAACCAUUGCCAUUUUCCCUGCUGCCAAACCAUAAAAGCGCAGAUCUCUACCGCCGUGUUCCCAUGCGCACAGUUUGCUGAAAAACUCAGUGUUCUCGCCGCUGAGUUUAGCCAGCGAUUUGCCGACUUCGAUGUCCAGAAAUGUAGGUUUGAACUGCUUAGUAAUCCCUUCGCAGUUGAUGUGGAAAAUGCACCAACCAACAUCCAAAUGGAGCUGAUUGAACUCCAGUGCAACGACACGCUGAAGUCAAAAUAUGAUGCUGUGGGCGCCGCACAGUUUCCACGGUUCAUCCCUGACACAAUGCCUCAACUCCGCACCCAAGCUGCUCAGAUGCUCUCCAUGUUCGGCAGCACUUAUCUAUGCGAGCAACUUUUCUCCUCGAUGAAGAUGACCAAAACAACUCACAGGAGACGUCUGACUGAUGAACACCUUCGCUCGAUACUGAGGAUUUCUUCAGCUCAGAGCCUGAGCCCAGACAUGAAUGAACUAGCACCCAAGAAGAGAUGCCAGCCCAAGCCAGAGAAUGCGGUGACCAUUGCGGUGUCGUCCCGGGUCCUGUUCCGUACUGAGACGGAGCAGAAGGUGUAUGAGCAGAAGGGGGUGGAGGAGUACCUAAGGUACCAGGUGGAGCACGAGAACGAACCCUUCGCCCCUGGACCAGCCUUCUCCUUCGUCAAGGCGUUGGAGGCGGUGAAUGCCCGUCUGAGAGAACUGUACCCAGAGAGUGAAGAACUGUUUGACAUCGUCCUGGUGACCUAUAACCACGCCCACGUAGGAGUCAGGCUAAUCAAUACCAUCAACCAUCACAAUCUGUUCAUUGAGAGGUUCUGUAUGACGGGAGGCAGUUCCCCUAUUGGCUACCUAAAGGCGUGGCAGACCAACCUGUACCUGUCUGCUGAUGCUGAGAAGGUCAGAGAGGCGCUGUCUGAAGGCAUUGCAGCGGCCACCAUGUUCAUGUCCAAUAAGCUGACAGAGGUAUCGCAGACGCAGCUGAGAGUGGCCUUUGACGGUGACGCCGUCCUCUUCUCUGACGAAUCAGAACGCAUCUUCAAGACCCAGGGCCUCGACGGGUUCUUCCAGCACGAGAGAGACAACGAGGACAUUCUACUGGACCGCGGACCUCUUAAGGACUUCCUAGCAUCCCUUGGCAAACUCCAGAAUAAGUUUUAUGCUAAGGGCCACCGUCUGGACUGUCCCAUCCGUACCUACCUGGUGACGGCCCGCAGCGCAGCCAGCUCAGGGAUCCGUGCCCUGAAGACCUUGAGAGCCUGGGGCCUGGAGACGGACGAGGCUCUCUUCCUGGCCGGGGCACCCAAAGGCCCGAUGCUGGAGAAGAUUAGGCCCCACAUCUACUUUGAUGACCAGAUGUUCCAUGUGGAAGGGGCGGCGGAGAUGGGCACGGUCGCGGCUCACGUACCCUACGGGAUCGCUCAGAAGCACCCACAUAAGAAGUGCCUGAACACAGGGAAGUAG